AUGGCCUCCCCUGCCACCCCUCCUUGCAGCGGCGAAUGCCUCGACCGUGCCUUCGACAACGCCCGCCAGACUCUCGAGGACGACUCGUACAUCUUUGACUACAUUAAGGAGGGUGGUAGUCUCUCUCCCGACGAGGCUGCGAUGCUCCGUGCACGUGUCAAGGUGUUUCGACCUCGCCUGGAAUAUGCGCGCGCGGCCGUUCUCCGCCACUCGCAGUUGAUCGACCAGUGGAUUAAGGUCAAUGAGAGGUUUGCGAGCCUGGUCGACCUUGAGGAGGAGGUGGUGGGAAGCAAGGACGAAGAGCUUGAGGCGAGCAAGGUAGAGGGCCAGACGGACCAAGGCAGCGGUGGUGAGGAGGGUGGCGAGGUGACCGCCCAGGUGACCGGCGAGGUGACCACCCAGGCGAUGGAGGUCGACGGUGCUGUGCCUCCUGAGGCCACGACGGAGGUGGUGGAGGAGUAA